CGCAGGCGCCGGGGUGGCCAUGUCUGCCGCCGUGGAGCGGAGGCUGGCCAGCUUCCGAGCCGCCCGUGGCAGCCCCGCUGUAUCGCCGCGUUCCGCCGAGCCGCCAGGAAAGGCCGCGGCUCCUCAGGCCGCCGAGGGACAGCAGGCCGCCGGCCCGAGCGGCAGCGCUGAGGCCCGUCCCGGCGGAGCGGCGGCGGCUCCGGCUCCGGUGUGGGCGCGCCCGCUGCUGCUGAAGGUGCUGCUGUGGGCGGUGCUGCUGGCCCUGUUCGCGGAGCUGGAGCUGGGGCUGCCCUACUUCGUCCUCUCCCUGCUCUACUGGAUGUACGCCGGCACCCGCGGCCCCGCCGAGAGGCGGCGGGGAGAGCUCAGCGCCUACUCCGUCUUCAACCCCGGCUGCACCGCCAUAGCUGGGACGCUGACGGCCGAGCAGCUGGAGCGGGAGCUGUAUUACCGGCCCGCCGCAGGGAGGUAGCCACCGGCCCGGCCACGGCCACCGCCUCCACACUACGGACCCGAGGAAGGGCUGGGGGAGGAGGAGGAGGAGGGAAAGGGGGUUAUUUCUGUGCCAAACGCCGUUCGCGCCUUACUCCGGGCCCGGUUUCCACGGGCACGGUCCGGUCCUGAUUAAAGCCGUAGCAACGCGAGCGCUGUGGUCUCGGUCUCCUUUCCUGGGGGGCCGGGCAGCAAACCCCCCGGCAGGCCGGAGCAGCGGGGAGCGGUACACGGCCUGUCCGCAGCGGUAGGUGCCAGCUUGUCGGCUGGUGAAUGGCCGCUGCUGCUGCGGGCCUUUGCCACGGGUGAGGGGACGGCCGGUGUCUGAGGACACGUGCUUUUCCUCCCAGCGCUGGCUGGGCUCCUCUCACCGAAGAAAAGACACGAAGCGUUAUCUGUAUACCUGAAAUAGGCCGCUGCUACUCUUUGCGUUCAUGUGUUUCUUCUAGCCCAGGCAGCCAGUUUUGAUGCCCGCUUCCUGUUGGCUUCAUAUUGCAGCUUUCAGAGUUUGCAGCGUAAGCAAAAAAAAAUUGUUAUUAUUCCUGGCAGGUAAUACACAUUGUGCUUUAACCAUCAUUUUGACAAAAUUUUAGGGUGAGUGACAUGGAAAUACAAGAGGCCUUCAGGCAGAAGGGGAUUUGCCUUGUCAUUGGGCUCAGUCCUUUUAGCACAGCACAGCUGGUGAUGCAUCUUGCCAUCAUCCCACAGACUGUCAGGUGUACUUCUUGUACUGGUAUUUUUAAUCUAGAGAUCAUUGAAUUAAAACAAACUAUUAAUACUAAAUCAUAGUGAAGAACAGCUGGCUGGGCAAGUGAAGUGGCCUUUAUUGAAUUUAAUCGGACUGGAAAGAGAAUAGUAGAUUAAAGCACAAAUAAUAUGUUUAAAACUGCUAGGCAUCUCUCAGUAGCUCUCCACAGCUCGCUCUUAGCUUCUAGUACUGGUCUCUUCUAAAAAUUUCAAAUGCCAAGCACAGAAUUUUUGGAUUUGUGUGUAUUCCACCAUCCUCUGGUAAAAACCCAUCAGAGUUCUCACUAUUCUUACAGCUUCCUUCUGACUCAUUUAUACAAAGAAUUUGCUGCAUUUUGGUUUUGCUUAACAUAGACUCUGCAGGUUCAAAGGCCUUUUUGUAGUAUAUUUGCAUAGAGUUGCAAAUACAAAGCUAUGUUUCUUUGGGAGAACCAUGAACUGUGAGUCCUUCCAUUCUUAGAAAGUGUUCUAAUUACAGAGUAAGGAGGAGUCAGGUAAUACUUAAAAUAAAAUACACCGGUAAGUAACAGAACUUUGUGAGUGGAAACUUUAUUCACAAGGAUAAAAAUAAACAUAACUGUAACGUUUAUGGGGAGUUGAUAAUCUGACAUCUUGUACAGUUAGACUCUGUGGGUGUUCUUUAAAACAAGGAAAUACAUGCAAAUAAAUAUUAAAUAUAAGGUAACAUCCAUGAAAUUAUAAAACUUUAUAGCAGCAAUGCUGGAAAUGAAGUUUUCACCUGUUACAUUAUGUCCAGGUGAAUUUACAGACUCUUCUAUUUAAUGCUUCAUGAAACAAUUUACCACAAUAAGUGAGCAUGAAGCUGAAAGGCACAAGAAAUAAAAAAAUCACACAGUU